AUGACUAGGGAGGCUUACAAUGCGGCUGGUGGUCGUGCGAGCUUUCCUCAGCGAGGGCUACUAGGUUCUGUGAAUGCACCGUUCUCCGCUUUGGUGUGCGGAGUGCAAGGCUCGGGGAAAUCACACACGGUCUCUGUGAUGCUGGAAAAUAUGAUGGUGACGGCCUGUCCACCCAUCGGAACCAUUCUGAAUCCUCUCGCUGGGCUUGUCCUCCAUUUCGGUGAAGGUGGCCCAUAUUCACAACCCUGUGAAGCAGCGUGGGUUGGCUUACCAGCGGCGAAAUCUGGGGCGAAAGCGCCGCGCGUCCGAGUGUAUGUGUCGAAGUCUUCAUUGAGAACGAUGAAGGCUGUGUAUGCUCCGCUCGGCGGCUCUGUCACCGUUGAGCCGCUGUUAUUCAGAAGGGAGGAGCUCGAUGCCCAAGCCUUCCUCUCUAUGAUGGCGAUCGGGCAGUCCGACCACAUGCCUUUGUACAUGCAGACUGUCUUGUCUAUCCUGCGCGAACUUGGCGAGGAUUACUCCUAUGAAGCCUUCAAAGACGCACUCGAGGCACGGAAGACGAAGCUCAACCGUGCUCAAGUCGCCGGCCUGGAGCAGCGUACGGCGCUGCUUGAGGCGUUCCUAGAUGAAAGAUCUCUGCGAGGGCAGCAAGCAGCACCUGCGCGGUUCGCCCCAGGCCAAUUGACUAUAAUUGACCUUUCAGACCCUUUCGUCGACCCUGCAUCGGCCUGCGGGUUUUUUGAAAUUAUCACGAGGUUAUUUGUCCGUGCCAGUGUCGGAAGCGGGAAGGUUCUGGUCGUCGAUGAAGCGCACAAGUAUUUGUCGCCCGACAGAGUGACUAGCGGCCUGACAAACGAGCUCUUGUCGCUCAUACGGCAACAACGGCAUCAAGCCAUGCGUGUCAUAAUCAGUACUCAGGAACCUACUGUAGUCCCACCCGUACUAUUGGACCUCUGCAGUAUCGCACUGCUUCAUCGCUUCUCUUCCCCCGCCUGGUGGGAGCACGUCGCGAAGCAUGUAUCCGCUGACAUCAAUACCAAGGAAGCAUUCGACAAGGUGGUGAAUUUGCAGACCGGCCAGGCGAUUCUGCUUGCUCCGUCCGGCCUCGGGAUGUCCCAAGACAUGUCCGUCAGAUCAGUUACCGGCAGUACGGCUCGCACACUACGUCAAUUCGGGCGCAAAUGCGUGUUGAUCAAGACGCGCCUACGCGUUACCAGAGAUGGGGGCGCGUCUGUGUUGGUCGUUCCUACGUGA